GAACUUUUUUGUUUGGCAACACUGAUACUGAACUGUGGGUUGAGGGUGUAGGUUAGAAUUAGAAGGCUGAGUAUUUCUGGAAAGAAAUUUUUCUUUUGACAAAGUUAAAAUUAUAUAUUAAAAUUUGAAAUAUGGCUCUUCACGUCCCUAAAGCUCCAGGAUUCUCUCAGAUGUUAAAAGAAGGUGCCAGGCACUAUUCAGGCUUAGAAGAAGCGGUUAUCAGAAACAUAAAAGCUUGCAAAGAGUUUGCACAGUCAGUAAGAUCCGCGUACGGUCCAAAUGGCAUGAAUAAGAUGGUUAUCAAUCACAUCGAAAAACAAUUUGUCACUAGUGAUGCUGCUACCAUCAUAAGAGAGUUGGAUGUAGAGCAUCCAGCAGCCAAGUUGAUGAUCAUGGGAAGCCAAAUGCAAGAUGCUGAAGUUGGGGAUGGAACUAACUUCGUAAUUAUCCUUGCCGGAGCACUCUUAGAGCAUGCUGAAGAGCUGAUUCGUUUGGGCAUAACCCCAACAGAAAUUGCUGAAGGCUAUGAAAAAGCCCUUGACAAAUGUUUGGAAAUUCUUUCAUCGUUGGUUUGUCUUCAAAUUAAAGAUUAUCGUAAUAUUCAAGAGGUAGUUCAAGGAAUCAAAACAUCUAUCCAGUCAAAGCAGUAUGGUCAUGAAGACUUUUUAGCGAAUCUAGUUGCAAAAGCAUGUGUUUCUGUCCUUCCAGAGCAGACUACGUUCAAUGUUGAUAAUAUUCGAAUUUGCAAAGUUCUGGGAUCCGGUUUGCUGAGCUCCCAAGUAGUUCAAGGCAUGGUGUUCAAGAGGCAAGUCGAAGGAGAAAUCACCAAAGCAGAAAAAGCAAAGAUAGCCCUGUACAGUUGUGCUGUAGACAUCAUGCAGACCGAAACUAAAGGAACUGUUCUCAUCAAAACUGCUGAUGAAUUGAUGAAUUUCAGUAGAGGAGAAGAGAAUCUAUUGGAGUUACAAAUUAAGGCAAUAGCUGAUACUGGAGCUAAAGUUAUAGUGGCUGGAGCCAAAUUCGGAGAUAUGGCUUUACACUAUCUUCAAAAAUAUGAUAUAAUGGCUGUCAGAUUGAAUUCCAAAUUUGAUUUGAGACGACUGAGUAAGACGGUAGGAGCUACAGUACUUCCUCGCUUAAUUCCUCCCACUGCACAGGAAUUGGGAUACGCUGAUGUGGUUUGCGUUGAAGAAUUGGGUGAUACUCCAAUUGUUGCAUUCAGGCUUGAAGGGCGUGAAUCUAGGAUAUCUACAAUUGUCGUUAGAGGAGCUACAGAUAAUUACAUGGACGAUAUAGAGAGAGCAAUAGACGAUGGUGUGAAUACAUUCAAGAGUAUUUCUCGAGAUGGACGAUUUGUCCCAGGAGCAGGAGCCACUGAAACUGAACUGUCUAUCCAAUUAACGAACUAUGCUGAUACUCUACCUGGCCUGGAACAAUAUGCAGUUAGAAAAUUCGCUACAGCACUGGAAACUUUUCCAAAAGCUCUGGCAGACAACAGCGGUCAUAGAUCUGCAGUUGUUUUAGAGAAAGUUUUGGAAGCCCAUCAAAAUGGACAGAAAACUGUAGGCAUUGAUAUUGAUAAUGAAAAUGCAACAUGUGAUGCAUUGGAAAAAAAUAUUUUGGAUCUGUACCUUGGCAAAUAUUGGGGCCUCAAAUAUGCUGUUUCUGCUGCUGCGACUAUUUUAAGGGUGGAUCAAAUUAUUAUGGCAAAACAAGCUGGCGGUCCUAAACCAAGGAAGCCUCAGGGCAGUGAUGAUGAAUCUUAAUUUUCCAAUCACUUUUUAACUUUCUUCUAACAUUAUCACCAGCACCAUUUCUUCACUCUUAUUGUUCGAUUAAUUAGUUUUCUAUUUAACUUAAUAAACCUGGUUUUAUAUAUUAACAAUAAAACCGAAGUUCGAUA